AUGAGUAGCCUUCGCAGGGUCUGGAGGCUGAAGAAGCUAAAAUUAACUACAAAACUCUGUAUUUACCGGACGUGUGUCAUCCCUGUCCUGUUAUACGGAUCAGAGACCUGGACCCUCCUCAAAUGCGACUCUGGCCGUCUAGAAGCAUUCCACCUACGAUGUCAGAGAUCCAUCCUUGGUAUUCGCUGGUUUGACUUCAUAAGCAACAACGAAAUCAUCGCCACAACACAACUCCCCUCGAUAGCCUCUUUAAUCCUUCGCCGACAGCGUGCCCUCUUCAGCCACAUUGCGCGCCUGGAUGAUAACACCCCAGCCAAGAAGGCACUCAACAUCGCUAUAAAUGCCUGGAAGGGUCGACCCCCAGCCACCGGCUGGACGAGGCCCAGAGGUCGCCCAAGAAGUCCCUGGAUUGCUCAACUAGGUCGACCGAGCGAGGUAGAGGCUAUCUGGAACCAAGCUGUUCAACAUGGACAUAGGAGGUCAGCGCGACGGACCAAUGCUGUCUUUGCGGCUGAUUGA